AUGGAUUCGUGGAGAAACAUAGUUCAUAAUUAUAAUACUCUACUUUCAUAUUUCAAUAAAAGUAUAAAGUCAACUGUCGAUUCAGAUCCAAAUAAUUCACAACCUGCACAAAGUCAACAAAAACAUACAGACACAGUAAAUUUGACAACAUGUCCAUUAGCAAGGGAAAAUGAUAUUGGUUUGUUUGUUAAUUGUGAUUUGAGUGAUACUGAUAAAAACCUAAUUCUGACAGAUGUGUGGGUUCCAUCAGAAACUUAUAUAUUUCCUAUAAUAGAGAAAAAUAAAGGUAGGAAUCUCAAAUUUCAACACCAUUGGUUGAAAAUGUUCAAGUGGUUAGCAUAUUCAGAGAUAAGGCAAGGAGGUUUUUGUAAAGUAUGUUUGAUUUUUUCAAGAACUGGUGGAUUUGGAUGUCAAAAAUUAUAUACACUUGUAAUUAAACCAAUGGAUAGCUUUAAAAAAGCAUUAGAAACUUUAAAUAAUUAUGCUAAACAUUAAUAUCAUA